AUUGUGACCCUGCGUAGUGACCCCGGCUGGGGAAGUGCGUUUACAAUGCUUGGGAUGCAAAUGUACGCAUAACUUGGAAUGUUUUCAUCGAAAAAUGGAGAUUUUACAAUUUUGUGUGGUAAAUACUUAGCCUUUAUUUUAAUAUUGUUCAAAACGCUACAAUGACUAUGCCCUUACCCAGCCUUGCACUCGUUAAUUUACUAAUGAAACAAGCCACUACCAGAGGCCGCUGAGGAUUGUUGAGUGCACAAUCAAAGAUGGCAGCGGAAACUGGGAUACCCUCUGUUUAUUUGGACCACCAAUUAUCGCACGGUAAUUAUUAUGCUUACAAUGUAAUCUGUAAUCAUCGAUUUGGUUUAAAAAAUGUGUAAUUUAGAUACAAAUAAAUUUAACGCUCUCAUAUAAAAUAUCAAUAAACCCAAUAAACUAUCAUGAAUCCAUUGAGAUAAGUGUUGAGAUAAAUAUGUGGCUAAGUAGUUUGGAAACAUAUUUUAAUUUGUUGUCUUGUUUUCGUAUUAAUAUUAGAUCCCGUUACAUUGAAACAUGGUCUAUAUAUGGGCAAUGUAGCAAUAUCAGUUAUCACUAUUGGAAUUAAUAUUGGCCUAGGUCUAUUGACCAGUAUUGAAAUAUUGCACUGCAAUGGGCUAUCUAUAAUAGUCAAUAUAAUUUAAUAUAGUAUAAUAAGUAUAAUUUGAGUUUACUUGGUAAUUCAAAUCUCAUUCAAAAUUUAGCCUGCCUUGGCCAACAGACUAGAAUUUAUUGACUAAAACAUUAGUUAAAAAUAAACUAUAACUAAAAUAGUUCGAUGCCUCCCACUGAGAGCAUUGUGUAAGAUAUUAAUAUAAUAAUAUAAAGUUUAAAGAAUACUAGGCCUAGAUAAAUAUUUGAGAGACUGCAUUCAAGCUCUGUGAAGAAAAUAUGGGAACAAAAAAUAGCCUAUGUUAAAGCUUGAAAUGAAAAGACACAACAUUUUAGCUGUAUCCCUUUUUUAGUUGACAAGAAAAAACAAGAAAUUAGAUAUUUUUAGGUAGGCCUAAGUCUAAGGAAAGAUAUAGAAGUAAUAUCAGUAACAAUAAAUAAAUACACCUCUGUAAAGUCUUAAGAGGCUACUUAAUUCUCAAAAUGUUAAUUUAUAAUAAAAUUAUUGCAUUGCGGUUAGGCCUAUUCAUUUAUGAUUUAUUAGCCUGUCAUUACUUUUAAAUUUAAUUUCAAGUAGGACCUUCUAAUUUAUAACUACUAGUUUUUGUGGGUAUUGUAAUAGGUUUACUGGCUUAGGGAUUUAGGUCUACUGAACUUCAGAUAAAACCAGUAAUAGAGAAGUGUGUUUUUUUUUAAGGUUUCUUAACAGAUAGGAUAUACUUUAUUUACAAUAUGUUAUUUGUUUUUCUGUUGUACUGGUGAAGCAAUAGCCAAAAUUUCUUAAAUCUUCACAUAAUUAAAGCUUAUCCAGACCUUACCUAUGCUGUUUUACUUACAAAAAUUGUUGGUGUCUUAUUAAUCUACUUACAGGCUUUAUUGCAGUCCAACCCUCUUUAAGCUCUUAUAAUUAGUGUAUUCAAACCAACACAUUAAAGCAGAUAUAAGUACUAGUAGCAAACAAAUUCCUAUCAUUUAUUUUAUUAAAGUUUUCAAAAAAUAUUUUAAAUUUACUUUGGGUUAUUAUACAUUUUUGUGGCGUUUAUGAAGCACACUGAUAUUUAAUGCCGUAGAUUCCUUUUUAUUAACAUUUUUUUAAAUAAAUACAUUUUCAAAGUGUGUAUAUUUUGAUGAUCACAAUCCUAAAAUAUUUAGAUUUGAUUAUUGUUCAAUACUUAUACAGGCCGUGUUGCAAAAAGAACUCAAGGGUCACUGAUAGAACGACUCAGGCAUAAAAAUUCUCAAAAUCGCUCAUGGACAGAUAGCAUCAAAUCUGUGCGAAGUUCUGUAGCAGUAAGUAUAAUUUUAAGUGCUUCAUUAAAAAUUAUCAGUGUACUUAAAGUGCAGUAGAACCCGGUUAUGUUGAUGUCCUCGGGAUCUGCCAAAAAGAGUUGAGAUAAACGAAAGCCAAUAUGACGGCAAUAUAUUAACAUGUGCUUGAAAUUUCAUUCAUGUUCAUGAUGUGCGUUAAUAAAUGCAGGUACUACAGUUUUUAAAAAAAAAAUUGUUUUUUAAUUACAGUUAUUUAGAGCAAAUUUCAAAUUGAAAAAAAUGAAACCAGAAUCAAAUUUUUAACUUAAGUACUUUUUGAGCUACGAAUUUUUUAAGUGCGAGUUGAUUUGGUAUUUUCUACUUUGCAUGAAGUCUCCACAUUUUGUUACAUCAUUCUGCUGAUCACGUCUUGUGCAAUGACUAUAUAAGUAUAAGGCAACACAUCCCCUUAUUACUAAAAUACUGUUUAGGGACUACUUAUUUUGAACUUUCAACUUUGGCACAUGACUAUUUAAUUUAAAGCUUUCCCUUUAUUAGCUUUUGCUCACUGCAAUCUCUUAUGAAUGAAACUCUGACGUAGUACCAGGGCAUAGCCAUUUUGCAAGUGACCAUGAAUGACUGCUCAUGACGUUUUGCACUGGGCAAAUAAUGAUCAUUUAUAAUAUGGACUCUACUGGGUUUUUAAACCUCGAAUUAAAAGAUUUAUUUAAAUUACUUCUAGGUUCAUUCUGAAACAAAAGCCCUGUAUUUUGAGAAAUAAAUACUUAUUUUUAUUUUUGAAAAAGUUGUUUAUUUGUUGUUUGCUAUUUCUUCUUGCGUAGUUCAAAAGCCGGCAAUUGGUCAUGGGGAACGAGAUAACAGAGGUUAAGGAGCGAAUUUGGCCGCCUUUUGUGUGCGAGAUAUCAUAGUUCGGCAACUUAAAAUAAUCGUCAUAACCGAAGAGAAAAUGCUAAGACAAAGAGAGAAUUUGGUGGUUCCUCUUCAAAAAUGUUGACAUAACAAGGUUGACGAGUUAACCGAUGUCAAGAUAAGCGGGUUCCCCUGUGCUACUAUUUUUAAUUUUUGAUGUUUUUCACUGGUUAGGUAGCGACUGCGAUUUAAGGACAGUUGCAAAAGAGACAUGAGGAAGCAAAAAUAAAAAUUAUCAAAUAGGAAAUUAUCACUGAGCACCAUUCCAGCUAGGGAAAAAGUGUAUGAAGGAAUUUCAACAGGCAGCAGAUGCACAAAACAACCUUGCAACAAAAAGGAGCAUUACAGAUGGCCAAAUUUAACCAGGAAUCUUCUGCGAGAAGUACAGCUGAGACUGCCAUUUAAUAAAAUGUUAAUAGCUACUCCAUCGUCUGGUAAAGAUGGAAGGAUCCAACCAUCUCCCUGUGGCAUUACAGCCCAUGUAGGGCUUUGGCUUGCCUCACUGCUUCCUUCCACUCAGACCUAACUAAUGCUUUUCUUUUCCAUGCUUGUAUUCCCAGUUGUUGUAGAUCUUUUUCCACUUCAUCCAUCCAAGUGUAGGUCUGCUUUUGAACCGUUUUCCUCUGGUCUUUGGUGAUGAACAUGGAAGGAUGAUAUAUAUAUAUUGAACAUAUUAAUUAAAGGGUGGGAGUCAAAGCAUGUAUCACUUUUAUUUGUUUCUCAGCCACUUUGUAACCCAAUUUGCAACAUGAAAAGGCUCAAAAGUUUUCUUAAUUUUCACAGGAACGUAGAAUGCAGCCAGAUGUAAAUGAAGCUUCUAGUGUUCAAACAUGUUUAGACACCAUACAGAGAGCUAUGAAAGGUUUGUAUAGUCUUUUUUUUUCCCCCAAAAGGUGAAUGCAGUUUAUUGGGUGAGUGCAUUUAAGGUUGAAUUUAUGCCAAAUCAUAGAUAUGAUGGCUGUAUUUUACCUUUAAAGAAUGCAUAUUCAAAAUAUGUUCAGAUCUUAAUCUUUCUCUAUCAUAUCCUGCUUAAGUGGAGAUCUCUAUUGUAUGAGUACUCUUAUAUAAUUUUAUUUCAUAAAUAUGAAUCAUAGUCUGAAAUUAUCAUUCAUAUUCAUUAAUUGUCUUUAAUAAUUUUUUUUUUCCUUCUUGACAUUUAGUAACUUUUUUUCCCACAUGUUAUUGCAGUGGUAUCCCAACAAACUUUAAAAGAAAGAUUAGAUUUGAUAGGGCGCCAGUUAGGCCUAAGCACACUUAUUCAGGACCAGAAAGUCUCACUGAGCUCUGAUGCAUUUCAUGUGGAUGUUUUGUUGGAUGGAAAUACCAUUAGCAGUGUCAAAUUAGCAAAUCAAGGGGAUAUCGUUGUAAGUUGCAGCUAAAUCUUGGCAAUGCUUUUCAGUUAUUCAAAAGGGUGUGAUAUUUUUAAACAUUACUUUUUAUUAAGUUUAAUGUAAUGACAGUUUUUAUUUCGUUCAAUAAAAAUAGAAGUUUGCUGUAAGUAUGUCUUAUUCCAGUGAAUAUUUUUAAUUAACAUAUUUUAAAAAGCAUGAUCAUUAUUCAGCGUAAUAUUUUCAUAUUCUUUCAGAUCUUACAUUAUUUAUAUACUGUUGAGAAAAACAAAGAUUUGGAGAAAUUUCAGGCCAUAAAUUUUACUUGCAAUUAAUUCUUUAAUAACUUUUGUCAAAGGAAUUUAUUUUACUUUUUAGAUUUACUAUUUCAUUUCAAAUCUUUUAUAUUUUCUUUUAACAGGAUUGUCCAGAUCUUAAAGACAUUUUAAAGUGAGUAAUUUUUACUUUAGUUUACUCUCUUUCAAAAGAAACUAAUGAUUUUUAUUGAUUAUGUUUCAGACAGAAGUCAUCUUAUACUAUCUGCUUUUUAAAUUUGUAUGUGUUCUUAACCUUAAUUAUUCCCAUCUUUGUAUUAUUGACAAAGAUGAUUAAUUUAUAGAAUAAAGCUGGUUUCCGAUUUUGUCUUUGCUGUAUUUACAUUAUUUUAUUUUUUCAGAAAAGGAGAUUUUACAGAAUUCAUUGAACACUUGCAGGGCCUUCAGAGCAUUUAUCAAGUCACCAGCGAUGAGUAUGUCAAUUUUUGAUAAGAUAACUUUAAUGACCUGAGUUAACUAAGGCAGAAGAGUUUUUUCCAAAGUUAUAACAAGCAGGUUUACUUAAAGUGUGGCUGAUCAGACUUCAGCUGCAGCAAUGUCACCAGCUACAACAACAGGCGAUGUAAUCAUUUCAUAGAAUACCAAAUAAAACCACAAUAACUCAAAAUUGUCUUCAUAAAACUGAUCAUCGCUUUGCAUUAAACAUAUAUAUAUAACAUAUUAUCUAAUCUCAUUCCUAUGAUGCUCCAAGGAGGGUAUCUUGAUAAACAUUUUUUCUUAAAUUUUUAUGUAAGCUGGUAACAACAAAAAAAAGAAAAAGAAAGAAAUACUAAAUUAUCAUGAACUUAAUUUUCAGAAAUAUUUACUUAAUUCAGCUGAUACCCUGAACUUUAAAAAAAGAACUCGUUUUUUUUUUUUUUUUAAACGUCCAAAUGGUGUAAUGGAUCAGAGCAAAAUCUGUUAUUUAGCCUUCCUGUUUGGCAUCAUCUGGAACUGUUUUCAGCCUAGCUCUCCCAUUUGCUAUCAGCCCACAAAUCUUUGUCAUUGUGAUCUGGCCCCAUUCUCCAGUGAAACCUUUUAGCUGGGAGUGAAGAAAUUGUUGGGUUGUUCGAGGACAUCAGUGUUGGGAACUUCGUUCAGCCACUGAAUAUGGCUGCAUACACUUAAAGUGAAACCUGUCAUUGCUUGGAAAGAUGUGAGCACACAUGCCUUGACACAUAUAGUUUUGUCCCUUCUGUGAAGUUGAGGUUGUUCCCUCUUUUUCAAUCUGGCCUUGGUAUCUUGGGGAUAUUUCAUUAACCUCUUCAACAUUGGGAAGCAAGAAAUGAUGGACAAGUUAUGUGACAUAUAUAAUAUGUACACACAAUGUACAAGGGUAUCUAAAUUUUCUUCACCUACAGGUGUCAUAUACUCUUGUUUUUGAGCUAAGAAUUGUAUAUGAUUUAUAAAUUGUUUUCAUGAGCAAAUUAAGAUUGAUUGAAUUUUUAGUCUUAAAUCUAUAUAUUAUUCUUUUCAUACUUCCUCUCUACAGGAAGCUGAAAUCAAAAGCGUUUUUAGCUCUUCAAGCCCUUGAGAAAGAUUUAAAUCAGCUUUCACAAUUUCAGAGGUAACAUUUCUUUGGGAUCAAAAGGAUACUGAUAAAAUAUACAUCAUAUAUAUAUUUAUAUUAAUCAAUAUCUCUUAUAAUUAUUUGCUUGUUGCAUGUCCUGCUCGCCCCCCCCCCCCCCCUAUUCCCCUAUUAGUGCUGUGGAAUCAAUNAUAUUCCCCUAUUAGGGCUGUGGAAUCAAUAAAGAGCCAUGGUAUGGUCUAGGGCUGUCUGUAGGACUAUUAUUUAAAAGCCGACAGGUAUGGUGUAGGACUAUCUGUAGGCCUAUUGUUUAAAGGCUGGCAUAAAAUGUAGAAAAUGAGAAGCUACAUAUCUUUUGUAACACUUGGAGCCACCGGGUAUUUUUUCAAAAUAUCUGGACCUGGUGUAAAAAAAAAAAAUUCACCUGGUUAAACACUUAGUAAAUAAAUAUUACGCCUAGAAAAAUUAUAAUGUAGGAAUUAAUAACCUUUUGGUUGAUAUUUUGUUUGUAUUUUUCAUUCAUUUGCUCAGUUCUAUCAGUGGUGUUGCCAAUUAUAUCCAUAAGUGUCCUCUUGGAAUCAUGCUGCCUCGACUAGCUGGUAAGCUGUUGUUUUAAUGUUCUAUGGUUUCUUAAAGUUAUUCUAUGCUUGCUUAUCUAUUACAAAACUAACUGAUUAUAAAUACUGAUUAAAACACCCAAGAGUAAUAAUGUACCAAACUUAAUGCAAGUUUAUAAACAAAAAUUGUAAUAUAGUUUGUUGCCUUGCUUGUUUAAAAUAUAAUUUUAAGACAAAAUGAUUUUCAAAAUAAUUUUUCUUUGCCAUUUCAUAGGUAAACCAAUGAAACUAAUUUAUUUUGUGUCACCUUAUGACCUGUUGGAUAAAAAAUCAUUAACUGCUCAUCCUUUGACUGUUGAAGGUAAAUAUUUAAUUUGCAUAGCGCUUUGAAAUCAUUUGUUUCUGUUCCAUGUUCACUUAACUCUCAAAUAUUCUUGGUUCUCCGCCACUUUUUCUCCCUGGUGAGGUACCUUUACAAUCUGGCUGGUUUUUCAAUGAAGAACAUUCCAGUAAUAAAAUGUUAUAUAUCAUUGAAUUCAGAAUUGAAUGUUCUAUUAUUUGAUACCAAUUACGAGAUCACAGUUAAUUAUGGUUUUCAUUUAUGGCCAAAAGAUUAGGUUUUAGGUAAGCUAAAUUUUCAUAAAAAUGUGAACAUACCACAAACAGUUAGAAGCAAAAAAAUAGGUAUAGAGUCCUAAAUUAAAUUUUUAUUAUAUCCAUCAAUGAUAUUUUGCAACACAUAUACAAAUUAACAGCAAUUUUACCAACAUUUGUAUUAUUUAUGCCACAUUUAAAAUAUACAUUCAUAAAUUUUAAAAAAGAGUGAUUUGAAUCUGCAAGAACCAAUGGUUCAUUUACAGAAAUGUUAUUCAUACAGGUAUUGUGUUACAUUUAUGAAAUGAAUAGGUCCUCUCCUCUCCUGCUUCUCUUAAUUAUUUAUUAUGUUUGAUCCAGGGACCAUAUUUACAUGCAUGUCCUUUCAUCAGGUACAUAUGAAAUUAGCUGGACCUGCUUACUAGCAGUUUACUCAUUUUUCUUUUAGAAACUUACUGUACAGGCCUGUAUAUGGCCUAAAAUCAACUUAUGAGUUCCAUAAUCCAGUGAAGUAAUUCCUUUAUAUCCAGUAACAGUUCAUACAAGUGGGGCGUGUAGAUUAGAAGUGCAAUUAUUUUUUUAUCAGCUGUAAUGUCCAGUUUUAAAAUAAAAUUAGCUUAGUUGCCAUAAAAUUGCAGCUGUACAUUCACAAAGCAUCUCCAGCCUUGUUGCAUUAAAGUUGAAAAGUAUAAAAAGUGAAGGUAUUUGUUUUGGACAGGUUUCAGUAAGUAGCUAUGGUCUUAUGACAGGAAUAACAUAGCCAUGAUGAUUGUGUUGCCAUUGUCCUAGUCACCACUCUAAUACUGUGAAAUGAUAAUAUAACAAAUUACAUAUAGGCUUAGAUAUUAUAAUUUUUAAAAAAAACUGAACUAAACUAAUGGCAUUAUCAUUCAGAAAUAAUUUUAAAAAAUUAAAAGCUGUUUUUAAUCCAGAAUAAAUUAUGGACCGAAAAGUCAUUGCCUCUUAGCAUAUCCAAUGUAAAAUAAAAAGGAAAUUUCGAACAACUAUGCUUAUGGAAAAAAAUAAAAUAUACGCUUGGUGAACUGGAGGAAGAAAUUAAUAUGAGUAAGCUUAAAUACUUAUUUUCAAUAUUUAAGACGCCCACUGUACAAUAUAUCGCCCACUGUACAAUAUAUCGAUGUAAAUAUAGUAUGUUCCAUUAAAUUGUACCUAAUUUGAGUGCGUUCUGACGUCAUAAAAUUUUAAAAUCUUAACCGCUGUUAGCGAACUUUCGAUCAGGUGAAAAUACACAAAAUCAUCAGCAGUCAUGUCUUCUUCUUGCUUUUAUCAAGCUAAUGUCAUUUUUUGACUUGAAAUAUAAUCAACAAUGUCAUUGGAAGAUACAUAAUGAGCCAUUUUUGUGUCAUUUAGUGCUACCAGUCAGUGAAGUUUCACAGGACUGGCAAUAUGGUGGACCAAAAUUGGGUCAUGAACAUAACCGAAACACGAUGCACAGACCAAUUUUUAUAUUAAAAAUCUCAAUUUAGGCAUAAAAUUGAUAUUUUUAACAAAUUUAAACUAACAGAUAUAGAGUUUAUAAUUUAAAUAAUAGAAAGUAAAGGUUUUUCAAGUCCUCAGUUUAAAAUUUUUUUUUUUAAAGCUAUUACUGAAAACUUCCUGGGUCAGAGUGUGACUGUUUGCAUAGAGCCAGUUCCUGAGUCAGCUGCACCAAAUAAACUACAGACCAUGCCACUAAUGAUAGUCAGUAAAACACAAGAUGGAAAAAGGUGAAAAACCAGAUUUUAAAAAAUCUUUAAUGUCAUAGGUUACCAAUUAUUUUUAAUUAUUUUUUUUUAGAAUAUGAACAAUAUUUUAAUUAUAUUGUACCAUUAAAGAUUGCUCCUAAAUUUUAGUUUCAGCCUUACGACGAAGGUCAAAGAUUAUUAAAAAAACUUUUUUUCUCCAGCCUUCCUUCCUUUUCUGCUGUUAGCAAAAUUAACAGUAUGAUGCUUCCUGCCAAUUUUGUCCUUGUUCUACCUCAGAGCAUCCCCAUAUCUACUCAGUUGCUGCAAAAAAUUACAUCACUUACAAGUAAAUAGUUGUGCAUAUAUACCUACAAUUUUCUUUUUCUUACUACUUAAGAAAAAUACAGCAAAAAGUAAUUGUUGUGUUAGUUAAUAUUUUAAACAUUAUACAAGUGGAAAUAUUAUAAUGGUAAGAAUUAUUACUGGUGUUAGUUUAUAUAAUUUAAUAUCACGCAAGAGUAAGGAUUAAUUGUUUUGAUACAUUAAAAAAUAAUUAUAUGUACUUUUGAUUAUAAUUGAUUGAUUUAUUUUUCUAAAACUUUGUCAGGAUCCACUUUUAGAAUUAUUAUACUUGUCUAACAUCAUCCAGCAUAAGUGUAUAGUUUGUGUUAAAAAGGAUUUUACCUUAUUUUAUCAAAAUAGGUCUAGAAAUCCAUAAAGAUGCAGAAUGUAGGAGUCUGCGUACACUCAUCUUAGAAUCAUUUUCAGAUGGGAAAAUCAAAGAUUCACAGAAACUUUAUGUGGUAUAUUCUUUUUUUUUUUUUUUUUUAUUAUGUGUUUAACUACUAUUUCUACUUAAAGAUACUUAAAAAGACAAAUUGUUAACACGUGUAAUAAUUAUGUUUAACAUUAAUGUCAAAUUUUACAAUUUCCAACAUUCAGUCUCUGCCAGAUCAGCAAUUUAUGUGGUAUAUUCUUUUUUUUUUUUUUAUUUAUUAUGUGUUUAACUACUAUUUCUACUUAAAGAUACUUAAAGAGACAAAUUGUUAACACGUGUAAUAAUUAUGUUUAACAUUAAUGUCAAAUUUUACAAUUUCCAACAUUCAGUCUCUGCCAGAUCAGCAACAUAUCUAUUUUCUUGAUGGUUUAAAUGGAGGUUCUCAAGAUCAACAGGGAAUGAUGAUAUCUCGCAUUCCAUUUACUCACCCAACCCAUGUGCCGCAGAUCCUAAACCACUUGCGACAGCAGUUGUUGUUUAACAUGGUUAUAGCAAGUUGCAUAAGGCCUGCUGGCAGGAAAGGUAGACCAAUAUAUAAUUUUUGUUAUUUUUCAUUCAGUUCAUGUAUAUGAGAACAUUAAAUUUUGCAAAAUAAUAAAUAUAAAAUAUGAAUUAUUAAAGCUCUGUUUCCUGGCCCUAUAUUUUGAAAAUACAGAAGGGCCCAAAUUACCUGCCUGUCCAUGUCACCCCACCCUGUGUGCAUUGUAAUGCACAUGGGACUUGAUGAUUCUACCUUGUCACCUAAAUAAUUAAUUAAAAAAUUAUUCAUAUUUUUCAUUCUUCUCUAAAAAUCAAUAUAUACCCAAAUUACCUGCCUGUCCAUGUCACCCCACCCUGUGUGCUUUGUAAUGCACAUGGGACUUGAUGAUUCUACCUUGUCACCUAAAUAAUUAAUUAAAAAAUUAUUCAUAUUUUUCAUUCUUCUCUAAAAAUCAAUAUAUACCCAGUAAUUACACUCGCCUGGCGAGUAAAUUCCCACCCAACUAUUUAAAAAAAAAUUAAUUUAUGACUUUUCUGCCUUCUAUCGUAUUUAUUCUUAUCUUUUGCUAAUGAAACUUUUGUUUUCACUAUCUCCAUAAUUAUUUGUAACCUUUGAUACAGACAUUUGUAUAGAAAUACCGAAUUUGUUUUUGUUUCUCCAGAUUCGUCUAACACUAUUGUGUUUGAAGUGACUGCUGUGUCCCUCCAACAAUUAACAAUAGUAUUUGAACAUCCUGCAUACGACUCUAUGAUCACAGGUGAUGUUUAUUCAGUGAUUAACAGUUAGGAGGGUAAAGAAGCUAUAAAGCUCAAAUUUUUUUUAAGAAGUGAAUUUAUUUUAAACUUUAUCUUUAACUAACUUUGAAAUAUUUGUGAGGUAAAGUUUUUUUUAACACUUAAAUGGAAGCAAUAAUAUUUCAGAAUAACUCUUUCAUUGUUUACAAACUUCCCAAACUUCUAUUAACCCCUAAGUAUAUUAUUUAUUUGAAAACGUUGUUAUAUAUUUCUGGAAGGACUACUGACAUUUUCUCUUACACUCUAAAUGGGUUAAUGUGAAAUUUUUUCUAACCAUUUGUAGGAAUAACAUUUACUGUAUUAAAGGUGUUAUUAUUUUCUUAAAAUUUAACAAAGUAUUUGCAAAACCUAGAACUUAGCAAUAUUUACAUUGAUUUAUUUGUUUUUCCUUUAGUGGAUGUUGACAUCACUGACAUUACCAACCUUAAGUGCCAUGUUGCUUGCACUAACCCAGAUCAAACACUUUGCUCUGAUGAAGCCAUAUCAAGGGUUUUUCAGAGGUGAGAUAUUUUAAUUUUACUUUAAAUUCUUAUAUAUGACCUAAAAUUGAUAGCUCUCAAAGUCGUCUGUAAAGUAGAAAGUGGAAUCGAACUGAACUUGAACCCCGCUGACGACUGAACCUGAACCAUGCAGACGACUGAAUUGUUCCGACACCUAGUUUUGACAAAAUUUAACAUAUCUAAAUAUAUGUUUCUUUAAAAAUUAAACAAAUGAGAGUUGCAGUGUCCUUUUUCGUAGAAAAAAAAAGAGGUGGUUCAAAUAUAGGCAUUUUUUUUUUUCAUAUUUAAAGAAAUAAUUUUUUUUAAAAAUAUUUAAAAAAAAUUUAGCUGGAAUUUUCCUCUCUAGGUAGCCGUCACAUGUGACAAAUUAAACAACAGCACUAUGUAGUGACUCUUUCAUCUGGUUUCUUCAACUUGUAUCGUUCAAAAACAAAAAAAUUAUAAGUGUAUAUAAAUCUAUUACUUUGUUGUGUAAGAGAAGUCUCAGUGAGCAUUCUAGGUUGAGAGAAUUUGUAUUUCUGUGGUAUAGUAAUUUUGUUAAAUUUUGUUGUUGUCAAAGCAUUCUCUAUAAAAGGUUAAGCUAAUUGUCAUUGUUAUGAAACUUUUGGUAAAGGUCUUUACUAGAAGAAAGAAUCCUCUAUUGGCAGAGAGAGUUUGUUUUUCACUUUUAAACUACUAUUAUGUUGUUUGGCUAGGAUACAUUCAUUAAACUUUAAGUGUGUUAAAGUAAAUUUUGGAAUACUAUUUCUUUAUUUUAUUUUUGGUAUAUAUUUUUUCUAGAAGUGCUACAACAUAAUUAUCUCGACAAAAGUAUAUGGUUUCAAAUUUAUUUAUUUCCAAUGUUGUCUCUUUCAAUUUUUUAAAAGGGGUUGCUACUUGAAAUAUUAAUUCACACAUUUUAAAUUAUUUUUUCAAAGGUGCAUGUCCAUACCUGUAAUGCUGCGCUGGCUGAUAGGAAAAGGUCGUGGACAGUUAGACAAACUGAAAGAAGCAGCACUUGCAGCAGAGAGGGAACGAAUAGAAAAAGCCUUAUUUCUGAAGGAAAUGCAGCAGCGACAGGCUAAACUUCAAGCCACUACCUUGCCCACAAAAGGGAGACCUCCACCGCAACCGCCUCAUCCUCCGCCCCUGCCUCCACCACCAAGCUAUUCUCAUCAUUAUCCCACAAUGAAUCAUACUCACAAUAGCAGCAACGGACAAUCUUCAAUGAUCCCUAUAAUGUUGGAAGUUAGAAAUGUAAUGGCAGGCCUGGAAGAGUUUCGAAACAUGACUGAAGGCAAUAAGCGUGCUGGUAAUUCUAUUUUGUUAUCGCCUGAAUCAGAAAAGGCCCACAAUCCUCUUUUAUCAACACUAUUAGAUGAAGAAAAGAUGGGUAUGGGAGGUGCGCAGGCAGAAGUUCAUGAUAGUCCAAUGUUGUCUAGACUAUUAGAUGAUAACACGUCUGUAGCUACGACUGUCAUUCCUAUGACCUGUAAACCUCUUCCCACUUCAAGUGGAAAACGUCCUCGUAAAAGGCGGUCUCAAUCAGAAAUGAGUGGACCCGGCCCUAAACAUCGUUUUGGUGAAGCUGAUGGUUCUGAUCGCCUAGGCUCUAUUGGUAGUCCCAUGAGCAUAGAAAUGGGCCCCGGGCUGAUAAACCAGGGCUUAUCCUCUGCAUCUACCAUCUUGGCUUCCAUCCCACCUGGCCAUGGUCCAAGUCACCAUCUUAUUCACCACCCUAUGCUCAAUCAUUCUGCCAAUGCUCGUUCCCAAGGUAAUGUUAUUGAUCUCACUGAGGACAAUUUGGCAGGAGAGUCUAGUUUAAAGAAGCUGGUUGACAGUGUAGAUAAGCACUUCCCUCAUAAGGAUGUGAAGACAGAACAAGAUCUGUCCAUGUUAUUAAAUGAGUCUGAGGCUCCGAGUAGAAUUCCAAAUAUAUUACAAAAUUCUCCAUCGGGCUCAAAAAACGAGAACGCCUCUACCUCUCUUGAGGUUUUCCUCAAAGGGUCGGGAGAGGUAGGCAGGGCUAAGGACUUCGACCCAAGUGAUGUUGCAAGUGUCCAUAACAUUAGCAAUUUACCUAAGCUGAGUAGUCUGUUACUAGCAUCAUCUGACAGUCCCACAUUGGUCCUCAGUGCACCACCGCAUAAGGCCAACUCCAAUUUUUUCAGUGAUGCACAGCUUGGGAGUGAUAGGGCAGUUUCUAUAAACUCAUUGCUCCAGGAUGUGAAGCCAUCUUCAGCAUCUUUACGUGAAGGUUUGUUACAGCAAUCAUCAAGUCUUGAGCAUCACAAUGAUAAACAAAACAUUGGCAUUUUUGAAAAGUUUGACAUGUCAAGGCAGCAACAGAAUGUGAAAAUGGAAGUGGGCAAUACAGAAGUUAAAACCCACUCUGCUGAAGGGAAAGUGUCACUAAAACUUCGCGUGGGACCUUUAAAACAACAAAAUAUUGUCAAACCAGUUGUGAAAACUUCUCAUUCUAUGGAUGAAUCUGAUAUAGUUUUAAGUAAAUCAUCUAACAAUAUUGGGACAUUUGAUUUCAAAAGUGAUGAAGAUGAUGAUGACCCUUUAAUGCCUUAUUCUGAUAGGUAUGUGUAUGCACCCUCUCCCACCACCAAGCAGAAACGUGCCAGUGAUUCCUCUUUAUCUCAAAAGUCAGAUAAGAUUAAGAAAAAAGAGAGAAGCUCGGGGACCAACACAAAACGAAAAAGAGAAAAGGAUGAAUCGAAACGUGAGCGUAAGAGAAAAAAGAAUGAGCAGGAACCUGUGUAUAGAACAGUAGAGAAUGACUCCAAGGCUGAUUUUAAACUUAAGAUAAGAGUUGCCAAAAAACCUAUCUCUGACAAAGCAGACAUCUUAUCUGAUGGAAAAAUUCAUCAAAGUUAUGAAAUUUCAAAGAAGUCAUUGUCUAGUCCUGUGGAAAAGCUCAUUCCUCCGAAACAAGAAUUGAAAGAAACUAUUUCUGUUAUAGGAGAAGGUGUGAAAGGAAAGGACUUGAAUAUAACAAGCAAUGUAAAUAAAACUGUUUCUGCAUCUGGAAAGACUGCUCACAAACCCUCGCCAAAGUCGGCUGUUUCAAAGCCUGCUCAAGUCAGUGACAUGAGCAAUAAAACUGACACAAAACUGGUUUCCAAGGCUACCAUUAGACUGAAACCACUGACUAUGCCUAACUCAGGUUCUACUGUAAAUAUUAGCCAAUCAGGCUCGAAGACAUCCAGCUCCAACCUUGCCAAUCCAAACAAGACAGAGAGACGUGGCUCUGGCUCCGCAACACCACUUGUCGACAAGCGAUCAGUUGCUUUGACUUCCUUGUUGGAACGGAGAGGCUCAACCUCAAAUGUUGUUGAUCGCCGAAAUUCCUCGCAGUCUUCUGCUGCAUCAACAUCAUCAUCAACAACUACAAGCAACACAAACACUACAUCAAACAGCACAUCAACCACAACAUCAACUAAUCUCUCCUUGUCCAGCAUAUUGCCGAACGCCCCCACUGGCAGCAAGAUAGCAAGCUUGCCUAGAAUUCCAAAAUUGUCUUCCUCUUCUUCCAACACUUCCAUCAAUCGUACUUCUAGCCUUGAUCCUGCUUCAGGAACAAGCCCGGCAGCACCAUCUGGUACUAAAGACAACAACAGCUACAACGUGGGACCUGCAGGCAGACCUAUUUCCAACACGACUUCUGGUCAAAGCUCAGGAGGUGGAAGACUUUCAGGGAGUACCACUGCAGCAUUUAAUUACAGUAGUAAUAGGCAAAAUUUCAAUAUCAAUCGUUUGCCAGGGCCAGCACAUCGUCAGUCUAGUCCUGGUGUCAACUCAGGUCAAGCCAGCCAACAAAGGUCUAGUGGUUUGCGUGCACAUCAUCCAUCCAGUGGUAACACACCCACUAGUGGAAAUGGUCAAAAGCAAAGCACCAGUAGUCAUAAGACAAGUAAUUCAUUAGCCAAAACUAAUACAAGUGUUUCAAAUAGUGCUGUUCCUCAGAAAACAUUUAGUGGAGGAACAAAAGUAGUAAAUAGUGGUAGUAACAAUUCUAAAAUGUCACAUUCAAAUUUAAGCAAUGUGCACAAAAAUGUGUCAAGUGGGAUAAACGCAACUGGUGGUCAGAGACAAACUUCCCAUGGUAAUAGUACAAGGACAUCAAACUCAACCAAUGUAAAUAGGUCACCCAACACAUCUGGACAAACCAAGUCGCCCAGCUCAGGGAAAUCCCCCAAUAUAACUAACGCAGGUAGGUCUCCUAGUCUGAGCAGUGCCAGUAAGUCUCCAAACAUUACCAAUGUGAACAGAUCACCCAAUAUCAGUGCUUACAAUUCUGGCAAAUCUCCAAACAUAAAUGCCAGUAGAUCUCCCAAUGUCACAAAUAACACUAACCGUCCUUCAUUGAACCCAUCUUCUUCAACCAAGUCUCACAGUUCACAUAAGCAGUCUCCUGGCACAACAAAGUCCUCAAACGUUAAUAAGAAUGCAAUAACUGCAGCUAAAAUUUCAUCAAGCACCAACAGCACCACAGGCAGCACAAAGCUUUCACAAAACAAAAAUCUGAGUAAAACUACAGCUCACAUUUCUUCAAGUACACAGCAUUUGAGUUCUACCAAAUCUCAUUCUGGCACUAGUAUAUUUUCAACAGGCACAACAACAAUUAUUUCAUCUACUGGAGAUGCUAUGACGAGCGCUGGUGCUCAAAAACCAUUUCAGUCACAUUUGACAACUGUAGCUUACCAUGAGGCAGUGUCAACAGUGGUGACAACCUCAAUCUUGAAAACUACAAGUGAUCAAGCAGAAGUCAGUCUUGGUGCAAAAUCCGGCGGUGAAAUUACAAAUUGUGCAAUGUCUGAAAAGAUAGCUCGUUCAACCUCCAGUACUCCAACAACACCUAUGAGUGCAGACAGCAACAAGACCAAAUUUAGUUUUCCCUCCUCUAGAGGAAGAAAAAAUUCUCUUUCUGCUAUUGUUGAUAAACUCAAACAUAAUGCUGUAGGAAGUGUACUCGAUCUUAUCGGGCCUUUAUCAGCCUCCGGUGAUGGCAGCAAACAUUUAGCUUCUGAUAAUCUCAAAAAUCAAAAGACUGAUUCUAAAUUUGGUAUUAAUUCUCUAGAUGUGUCUAAACAGGAUGAAAAUAAAAUAAUUCCCUGUUCUAAUUUAGAAACAAUGGAUAAAACUUUUAGCUCCGUAAUUGAUAGUAAAGUCACUCAUUCUUUAGAUAGAUCUUCUCCAUUGUCAGCCUGCAUAAGUGCAGAUUUGCUUGCUGGGAAAACAGUUAAUGAUUAUGUUAGAACAAUACAGUCAGAUACUGACCUACCAGGGAAAGUUAGUUAUAAAGCCAUGAAAACAUUGGAAGACAGGUCAAUGAAUGUUUGUAAGGUCACUGACAUUAACCAUGGCCUUGAUCUGACAGUCUCCAAAGACAAAAGUCAAUCUAAUAAAGCAGAGUGCCAUUUAGGAGGCUCUGUACUUUUAAAAAAUACCAAUCUAGAAAAUAAGCAUGUAAGCAACAAAAGUAAAGACAAACCAUGUCCUCUAAGGAUACAACCAUCACCACCUUCUCCCACCAUCCAGUCACCUGCUCCAGCUUCAGGGAAGACAUCAUCACCCUCCAUUUCACCAUUCCAGCCCCAGUCCACCCCUAAUUCCCCAAUGAAUUUACCUAGUGCUAACAGUGCUAAACUUCAAAAAGAUGCAGAUGAGCAAAUUUUUAAAAUUCCUUCAGUGAAACCAUCAGUUGAACAACCAGAAGAAGAAGUGAAAACAGCUGAAUUCGUUGGGCACUUAAUAGAUAACAAAAAUGGCAAACUGGAUCAUUUGGUCCAGUCUAGUUUGUCAAAAGACAGUCAGGAUGGUAAAGUUUGUCUAGAAAAAAGCUGCAGUGCGAAAAAUUCUUCUUCAGCUAAAGCUCUGUCAAGUCCUCUUAGUGAUAUUAGCAGCCCUGAAAAUGGGCUAGUCAUUGAUGAUGAUGAAUGUCUAGUUGGAAAAUCUUCCACAGAAAAGAAUAUCUUGAAUUGUAAUAGUAACUUAGUGAAAGCCCCACUCUAUAUUUCUUCAACCGACAAAAGCUCUUGCAACAACAGUAGCACUCAACUUUUUAUGAAGGAAGAUUCAAACAACAGCAUUAACUUACUGCAAGCAGAUAAACUUUCUAGCCCCAUGAGUCACACUGAUACAGCAACAGUUUCCCCAAAGAUGGGUCGCUCUUCUGCUCGAUCUCCAGCGCUUGCUAUGAAUCCUUCAGGUGCUUCAACACCAAAAUGCUCUGAUUCUCCAUGUGAAAUAGAUGAUGAUUUGAUGGAUGUAGCUUUAGGAUUUGGUAGCUGAUGAAGGUUGAAACUUCCUUGCAUCUCCUCCAUUAAACAUUUAUUUUUAAAAGAUCUUGUGGUAUAAUUACCUAAAUGCAAAUAAUAUGUCAGGUGGAAAAUUAUUUCAUCUUUAGUUUGAGGCACAAUAUGCAAUGGCUCCUGCUUCAAAGCUGUUAAUAGAGCAUGUUUAUGUGAAAUGCAAAUAGAGCAUUUAUAUGUGAAAUGCUAAAAAUUAAUAUAGUGAAGAUUUACUGAGCCUGCAUCUAUUCCCAGUCUAAUCACAAGUGCCAUUAAAUGAAACAAAAUCAUUUAGCAUUUAUGAGCCAACAAAUUGACUGUCUGUAAUUAGUCAUCUGAGUUCAGUAUGCAUAAAUUUCACUCUUUCAAU